CAAGAUUUAGUUUUAAGUAUGUGGGUAUCUGGUAGUAUAGAUUUAUAUUUGGGAAAAAUGGUUCUUUUUAUUAGCUACUUUAGGAAAUUUCAGUGCUUUCCCACUUAUUUUGGCUGGAAAUAUAAUUUAAGCAUAUGGGUAUUUUGUAGUAUAGAUUUAUAUGUAGGAAAAAUUGGUUCUUUUAUUAGCUAGUUUUGGAAAUUUCAGUGUUUUCUUGAUUUAUUAGCUCAAGAUUUAGUUUUUAAGUAUAUGGAUGUUUUAUAGUAUAGAUUUAUAUGUAGGAAAAAUGGUUCUUUUUGUUAACUAGUUUAGGAAAUUUCAGUAUGUUCUUGCUAUAUUAGCUGGAAAUUUAGCCGAGGUUCUAUCGGAAACAGCCUCUCUACCUCCAAGGUAGGGAAAAGUUCGUGUACACUCUAGUCUCUCCAGACCCCCACUUUGCGUGAUUACACUGGGUGAGAGAGAUGUCGAGAAAGGAUUGAUUACUCCAACCCCAAGCCAGAACCCUCUAGCUGAGCCAUCACCGACCCCGUCCCCUUCCUCGGCAACAGCACCAGCUCUGGUGCUUUCCAAUUCCGGCAAGAGAAUUGAUCAAGCAGGGAAAAAGAAAUAUGUAAAACAGGUGACGGGAAGGCACAAUGACACUGAGCUUCAUUUAGCAGCUCAGAAAGGUGAUCUAGUAGCAGUGAAGCAGAUACUUAAUGAUAUUGACUCGCAAAUGGUCGGGACACUGAGUGGCGAUGAAUUUAAUCAAGAGGUUGCGGAGAUUAGAGCAUCCGUAGUAAACGAAGUGAAUGAAUUAGGAGAGACGUCGCUCUUUACAGCCGCAGCGAAAGGAUAUCUUGAGGUGUUGAAAGAAUUAUUAAAGUACUGCAACAAGGAAACUCUUACUAAGAAGAAUCGGUCGGGAUUUGAUCCUUUGCAUAUAGCUGCAAGUCAAGGACACCAUGGAAUCGUCCAAUUGCUGUUAGAUCAUGAUACUGGACUAAGUAAAACAUUUGGCCCUUCAAAUGCAACCCCUCUUAUAACUGCUGCCUCGAGAGGACAUAUUGCAGUGGUCAAUGAAUUGCUGUCGAAAGAUUGCAGCUUACUGGAAAUUUCUAGGUCCAAUGGUAAAAAUGCAUUGCAUUUAGCUGCCAGACAAGGGCAUGUGGAAAUCGUCAAGGCCUUGCUUGACAGAGAUCCACAAUUGGCAAGGAGGACGGACAAGAAAGGACAAACUGCAUUGCAUAUGGCUGUAAAGGGAAUUAGCUGUGAGGUGGUGAUAUUGCUUCUCGAGGCUGAUGCUGCAAUAGUUAUGCUGCCAGACAAGUUUGGCAACACAGCGUUGCACAUUGCCACCCGAAAAAAGCGUGCUGAGAUAGUAAGAGAGUUGCUAUGCCUGCCUGAUAGUCAUGUUAAUGCACUGAACAGAGAUCACAAAACAGCUCUUGACAUAGCUGAAGAUCUUCCGCUAUCUGAGGAAUCGUCAGAAAUAAAGGAGUGUUUAUACAAAUAUGGAGCUGUUAGAGCUAAUGAAUUGAACCAACCAAGGGAUGAGUUGAGGAAAACCGUCAGUCAGAUCAAGAAAGAUAUUCACACACAGCUUGAACAAACUAAGAGGACAAAUAAAAAUGUCCACGGAAUUGCUAAAGAGCUUAGAAAGCUCCAUCGAGAAGGGAUCAAUAAUGCAACAAAUUCUGUGACUGUCGUUGCUGUUCUCUUUGCUACAGUUGCCUUUGCUGCUAUUUUUACCGUCCCUGGAGGUGAUGAUGAUCAUGGAGUGGCUGUGGUUGUGACCACCGCUUCUUUUAAGAUCUUUUUCAUCUUCAACGCCCUUGCACUUUUUACAUCUCUUGCUGUUGUCGUAGUUCAGAUUACGUUGGUUAGAGGAGAAACAAAGGCGGAAAGAAGAGUUGUCGAGGUAAUUAACAAACUCAUGUGGUUGGCUUCUGUCUGCACUUCAGUUGCAUUUAUGGCAUCUUCUUAUAUAGUAGUCGGUCGCAAGUAUGAAUGGGCUGCAGCAUUGGUAACAGCAGUCGGGGGAAUAAUAAUGGCCGGGGUACUUGGAACCAUGACUUACUAUGUGGUAAGAUCAAGGAAGAAAAGAUCGAUAAGGAAGAAGGAAAAGCAUGCAAGAAGUGGUUCCAACUCAUGGUACCACUCCGAGUUCUCUAAUUCUGAUAUCGACAGGAUUUAUGCCUUAUGAUGUGGAGAGUUUCGAGUUGAUGAUAAGAAACUCCCCCGAGUUGUAUGUAGUGAAAGGCGUGUUAUUCUUGAGAGACUGAUGAACAACAACUCGUUAAGCAAGUUAACCUGGAGGGAGCUGCAAGUUUCAAAUGAAGAUGUUUGAUCUGUUCGCAUUUGGAAGGAGAGGUUCCGUUUUACACGUGUCAUCAUGUCAACGAAUAAGGUUUCUGUCCCGAGCCAGAAUGAUCGCGAUGAUGUAUAAUUUCUAAGCUAAACUCAUGGAGCUGUAGAUUGUAACUUUUAGCAUGGGAUGUAAAUUUUCCUAUUUUAUCUAGAAUGGGAAAGAUUAUGUAAAAGAUUCAAAACAAGUAUCCAUUUCUGUGGCAUCUACCACUUUUGUGUAGUAAAAUGGCAAGCCUUAGUUGAUAAA